GCUCAAAGAUCCUGACUUUGUCAAAAGCUCCUUUGUAGGGAGGCUGGUGAUGGCGGUCUUGAACGUCCAAAUCAUCUCCAUCCUGGUGGCACUGCUCCAUCCAGUGGCAUGUGGGCAGUGUAGUGGUGCAGAGUGUGCGGCAGUGGAUGCCGCAAACGAUGCACGCCAUUCCUUGCUGCAAACAGCUACGGCUGAUCAUGUACAUAGGCCUGUCGCACCUGCAGCAGCACAUUCAGAAGAUCUGAAAGAGGUGGUCAAAAGCACCGCGCCACACGCAAACCUCCAGAUCAGCACGAGCGCCUCGCACGUGUCCAACUCCAGCAAGGCCUGUGGGAAACUGACUGGUGGAAGCUGUGCUCUCACCGGCAUUUGUGAUGACAGCCGCAGUGCGGAGUGUGACCGUACGCAGGGAUCCAUGACAUGGGGUCAAUGUGUUUGCCCUCAAUUCACAUGUGCAUCCGAAGGCAAAUGCAGCUGGUCUGCUUCCGAGAUCCGUGAUGCUGUCGGCAGCGGCGCCGACAACGUGGUUGCUAAAGUCACCGAAACAGCUGCUCAAGUUCCUGGAUUAGCAGACGCCGCAGGUGCUGUCCAAGGUGUUUGGAACACAGUGAGCGGCGUGGUCGGUUCAAUUUUUGGGGCAACUGGAGGUUGCUCAGGCUAUGUGGGCAUGUGUUGGGGCCAAUGCUCCAAUCAGCAGCAGCUGGGCUACACUGCUUCAUGUCAGUGGGGCUCUUGCCAAUGUAAGCCCGGUUUUUGCGCCAACAACGGUGUAUGUGAGAUGGACCUUUCUGGUAUGCUCAAGGGAGCGGCAAGCAAUUUCAUGCGCUGAAGAGCACAUCUAUGUCUCAAUGCUGAAUGAAAAGUUG